CUAAGGAACGCUUCUGAUUGGAGCAGGUCAUUGUGAAGAAUCUCGGAAGAGGCGGUGAACGGCCUCUGGGGCCGGAAUGUAGGGGGCUUCUCGGCUUCCUUCCAAGAUGGCGACAACGAAGGAGCCUUUGAGCGGUAGCGACUCAGCGGGCCCAAGCACACGCCGAGGGCACUUGGGCAUCCCCGAGGCUGUGUUCGUGGAAGAUGUAGAUGCUUUUAUGAAACAGCCUGGAAAUGAGUCUGUAGAUAAUGUACUCAAGAAAUUGGAUGAGCAGUAUCAGAAGUAUAAGUUUAUGGAACUUAACCUUACUCAGAAGAAAAAAAGGCUAAAAAAUCAAAUUCCUGAAAUCAAACAAACAUUACACAUUUUAAAAUACAUGCAGAAGAAAAAAGAGACCACAGACCCCCUAGAGACUAGAUUCUUACUGGCUGAUAACCUCUACUGUAAAGCUUCAGUUCCUCCAACUGAUAAAGUCUGCCUGUGGUUAGGGGCCAAUGUGAUGCUUGAGUAUGACAUUGAUGAAGCUCAGGCCCUCUUGGAGAAAAACCAUUACACUGCCACCAGCAAUCUGGAAUCACUCGAGGAAGACCUGGACUUUCUUCGGGAUCAGUUUACCACCACAGAAGUCAAUAUGGCCCGGGUUUACAACUGGGAUGUCAAGAGAAGAAACCGAGAUGAGCCUGGCCCUUCUAAUGUGUAAUGUCCCCACCCUUGGUCGUGGGGCUUGGUGAUCCCAAUGUUUGACUUGGGAAUAAAUGCUUUUCAGACAAAAAAAGCAUUCUAGAGUAAAACAGAAGGCAAUUAUAAGCACGUC